AUGUCGGGCAAGCAGGAGAAGCAGCACAACUUUCCUACUCGCUGCAUCCUCGGACAGAAAUCCUUCGCCGAUAUGGCGGACACUCCUAACAGCGAGCAGUCACGCCGGGAAGCCGCCAUAAUAGACCGGCACCUGCCCGAAGGUUACUCUGCAGCUCCGGACGUGGUAGAGUAUCCUAAUGCCAACGGCAAUGCCGAACAAGGCAGCAAUACUCCGCCCAAUGGCGAGCUCCAAGAGGAAGCUCGUGACUCCCUCACCCUCCAGGGUGGCGACAUGCAUCGCGACAUCUUCAAGAUCAAGGCACGGGCACGGGUUCCGAAACGUGCUGCAACCUUCUCCGCUGCGACCGCUCACAAAGCUGGCUUGACGCCUCGUGAUCCUGAGACCGGUGACCAUUUCUCCAACGCGCAGAAUAUCGAAGAACCUGGCGGGUUCCGGAGACAGUACCUGGAGCGGCAGGGACUCCAGAGACGACUGAGUAGCGUCGCUACGCCUGUGACCAGGAAUUUCGUGUCCUUCCUCGAGCUCUAUGGAAGUUUUGCUGGCGAAGAUCUUGCCGACACGGACGACGAUGAGUCAGCCAUUGAGGAAGAAGAGGAGCGUGGUGGAGCACCGCCGAGCGAGAGUAGACCGUUACUGGGACGACGCAAAAGUUCCAAGCGAAUCAAGCGUGAAGGCGAUGCAAGCACGACCAAGACUUUCUUCACGCUACUCAAAGCUUUUGUCGGCACUGGCAUCAUGUUUCUACCGAAGGCCUUCCGCAACGGUGGCAUUCUGUUCUCCUCGAUAACGCUUGUCGUGGUUUCACUUGUUACGAUGCUUUGUUUCACUUUGCUCUUACAGUGUCGCAAACAGUGCGGUGGAGGUGGUUACGGUGAGCUCGGUGCAGCCAUCUUCGGGCCUCGCUUCCGCUCUCUCAUCCUUGCAAGCAUCACUCUCUCGCAGCUCGGCUUCGUCUGUGCAGGCUUGAUCUUCACCGCGGAGAAUCUGCUCGCCUUCGCAAACGCCGUUAGCUGGAGCGCGCGUCGGGCCCAGCCUUUCGGUGUGGAAGCGCUCAUAGCGAUCCAAUUCGUCGUUCUAAUUCCGCUUGCACUGAUCAGGAACAUUAGCAAGUUGGGGGGUGCUGCACUGCUAGCCGACGUAUUCAUUCUGAUUGGCAUCGGUUACAUCUGGUAUUACGACAUUGCCACCCUUGCGGAGCAUAGCAUUGCACCCUCGGUUGUACUCUUCAACCCAUCCGCCUUCACCCUCACGAUCGGCUCAGCCAUAUUCACGUUUGAAGGCAUUGGCCUCAUCCUUCCUAUCCAGAGCAGCAUGAAGAAGCCGGAGCACUUUAGCUGGUUGCUGUCCUUGGUCAUGCUGAUUAUCACGAUCAUCUUCACCUCUGUCGGCGCGCUUUGCUAUGCGACAUUCGGCGACGAGACGAAGAUCCAGAUCAUUAGCAACUUUCCCCAGAACAGCAAAUUGGUCAAUGCUGUGCAGUUCCUGUACUCCAUGGCGGUCCUUGUUGGAGAACCAGUGCAGCUAUUUCCGGCGGUCCGUAUCAUCGAGACUACACUCUUCGGCGAGAAGGCUACCGGCAAGAAGUCCAGCAUGAUCAAGUGGAAGAAGAACGCUUUACGUACAGGCAUGAUGAUCCUCUGUGGUAUCAUUGCCAUUCUUGGCGCGAGUGAUCUGGACAAAUUUGUUGCGCUCAUUGGCAGCUUUGCAUGCGUGCCGCUCGUGCAUUGGAUCUUGGUCUGA